GCCCAGGCUUGUCUUGAGCUCCUGGCCUCAAGCUAUCCUCCCUGCUCAGACUCCCAAAGUGCUAGGAUUAUAGCCCUGAGCCACAGCACCCACCACCGUCCUGUUUUGAAGGCUAACCAUUCCCUGGGCACCUGGAAACUUGCUUCUCAUGCAUUUCACGAUGGCCCGUGGGGACAAGUGCAACGAUGUCCCCAUUUCAUAGAUGAGAUAACUAAGGCCCUGAGAGGUGAAAUGACUCUCUCAGGGUACCACAGCUGCCUGGCAUUUGUGCCAGGGUCUGAACAUGAUCUUGUAGUCAUUUUGAGAAAGGAAGCAAGUUGCUUUGGUAACAUAUGCAUGUGCCUAUCCCCACCCCCCGCCCCUGUCGUGUUAUUUCCUCAAUUAAUGUCUCCCUCCUGGAGGAGCUGCGCCAAGGCUGACCGGCUGCUGAGCAGCUGCUGUUCUCUAGGGGCUCCGCUAGGUGCUUGUGAGUUGUGAGCAGAGGGUGGUUUUGUGGUUUUUUUGGUUUUCUGCCUUGUCUAUUUUUAACCUUCACCGCAAUCUUUAAGCAGCUACCGUUAUCCCCACUUCGCAGAUGGGGAAACUGAGACACAGAGAGGUCACGUAGCUAGUGAUCUGCAGAGCUGGGGCUCAGACCCAGGAGGCCGCCAUUAGAGAACGGGAAAGAGGCCAGGCGAGUGCACCCACGGGGGUGACGUCAGCACGUGGCCCAGAAGCCCUGGCUGGCGGCCAGGUUCCUGUGACACUUCCUCCACGGGGUGGACACACGGCCCUGGUCAGAGGGCCUCAGUGACCGGCUCUAACUGGCUUUUCCUGCCUUACUCCCUGGCUGAUUUUACUCUGUGACCCACUGGUCAGCCACACCUGCUUUGUUCCAUGACUUCUGUUUUCAGACGUGGUAGCCGGGGGCUCGGGGACUCGGGGGCCAGGGCAGCCCGCCCCUCGGGCUAGCCCUCCACCCACAUCUCUGACUCCCCUCUCCUUUGGGGCCGGCAGGGCGGGGCUCCCUGUGGGGCAGACUGUUCGGAAUCACAACUCUGUGGGAGGAGGGGGAGAGGCCAGGUGCGAGGCAGCCGGGCGGGGCCACAGCCGCAGGGCAGGUUGGCGGUGCGGCUGGCGCUGCCAGGUCCUGUAACUGCUCUUCGCCCGCGCCCGCACCCGCAAGUGCUCCAGCCGUGCGUGCGCCAGGGCUGCCAGGGCUGCCAGCCCCGGCCGCGCAUCACAAACCAGCCGUCCACUCCCCCACGAACCCAGACGCCCAGAGAACCUCUGAUCGGGAAGGAAGCCCAGACGGCAGAGACUGGGUCACUGUCCCGGAAGGUGACCCAGGUUUUCCUGGAAAGGCCCGCUGGGCACCCCCUCGGGGUUCUUGGCAGCAGAGUCUUGCUGGUGACAGGCUGGGCCACCUCUCCCCGGGCGCUGACUCCCAGCUGCCGCCUCUACCCUGUGCCCGCCCCUCCUCACCUCCUGGCACAGAAGCUGGUUUCCAAUUUUUUUAAAAUUAUGUGACGUGAUGGUUUUGAUUCUUGAGAGCUUCCCCGGGAGGCCCGGUGGCCAUUUGGAGCGUUCUUCCUCGAAUUUCACGGGGUCCCACCAGGGGCUCCUGCAACUCAGACCAGGAAACAGACGCACAUGCCGACCGGCCAAGGAGGGGCUGUGCCCCGCCCAGGUCAACUGGGCAGACCUCUGUCCCAGCAGAGGACAAAGCCACCCAUUCAUUCAUUCAGCCAGUCACUCAUUCAACUGCCAUUCCCUGAGCACCUACUGUGUGCCUGGCACUGUGCUAGGCACUGAAGGUGUGACAGUGAAUGAGGCAAGCACAGCAGGGGAUCCUUGGGGACAUUCUGCGGGGGAACCCCACACUAGCAGCAUCCUGCCCACUCUAGGACCUGGAGGACAGCUUCCCAAAGGAGAUGGUGUCUGAGCGAGACCUGGAGGUUGAGUAGACGUUGGACAGGUGGGGCGGGGGGAAGAGUGUUUCUGACAGAGGGAACAGCAUGUGCAAGGGCCCUGGGGUGAGCGGGACCAAAGGGAACACGGAUGGGCUGGCACUUAGGGAAGCUGGGGUGGGUGGAGACGAGGCCGGGUGGUCACAUAGCCGGGUCUGCCGCUGAGCGCAGGGCUCCCUGGAGGGAACCCGACUGGAGCUGGGGCUGGUCGCUGCCAUCCGGGAGAUGGUGAGCGGAAGGGGUGGUGGGCAGAGAAGAGGGCAGUGCAGGGUACAGAGAGAUCCAGGAAUGGUUUUCCAGGACUCCAGGAUCGGGCAUCGGGGAAAGACCUGUUUCUGGAUGUCUGUCAGGUCCUGGCUUGGACAAACGGCGACCCCACCGGGCUAGAGGCAGGAGGGCGGGUGGGCAGAUUCCCGGGGCGGGGGGAUGGGAGGACACAGGGCAGGCGUCCCGCAGGACCUGGCCUUGCUCUCCCGGCCUCUCUCCAUCGUCCUGCUCCGUCCUUCCACCCGCUACUCCACCUCCCUCCCAUUCCCACACCGGGAGGCUCGCCAGGCCCAGCACCUCCUCUGGCCGCCAGCCUGUCAGCCAGGGUCCCUCCCGCCUACCCAGACGCCCCUCUCUGCUGCUGCUGCCGGCGUCCGCUCCGGACUUUGCCCGCCUCCUCUGCCUUCCACAGCCUCCAGCCCAGGCUCCACCUUGGGGGCCCUGGAGCCCCAAUUCCUCCCUCUGCCCCCUCUCCCUGUCCCAGGCCACCUUGAACAGAAGAUCCUGCAGGUGCUACGGGAAGCCGGGUCCCCUGUGAAGGCCGCCCAGCUGGUGAAGAAAUGCCAAGUGUCCAAGAAGGAGCUCAACCAAGUCCUCUACCGAAUGAAGAGCGAGUCGAAAGUCUCCCUGGCGGGCCCUGCCACGUGGCGCUUGGAAGAGGCUGGGGCUGCAGACACGGCCCUUGCACUGCUGGCCCCGCCAUCCCAGGCCAAGAGCCCCCCGGAAGGCGCAGCUGGAGUUCCGAAGAAGCCUGGCCCUCAGCUCAGUGACCAACAGGAAGAGAUCUACAGGUUCCUGGAAGACGAGGGACCCCACAAUGCCCUGGGCAUCGCCCAGGCCCUGGGCCUGAGGACCGCAAAAGAUGUCAACCCAGACUUGUACAAGAUGAAGAGCAAGCACCUUCUGGACUUCAACGAGAAGUUAAAAUUGUGGGCGAUUUAUCGACCAGAAGAUUCUGGAAGAAGAAAUCAGCUCACUGCAAGAGACUCUGGAGGGAGAAAUCAGUCCACUGCAAUCAUGAAGCAGCAAAGCCCGGUCAUCAUGAUCCACCAGCACGGGAUGAACAGCCACAUUUCCAUUGCGAACUCCCACAACACUCAGAUCGGAUAUGGGAACGUCAUAACAGGAGGGGUUGCCCCCGGGGAAAGCGGUUCCACGGCUCCCCGAUACCUCCCUCCAGCGGCGCCAGGUGACUCCUCGGCUCUCGGUGCCUGGGCGCCCCAGGACAUCCACAUGGAGCGGUCCGUGCUCAGACAGGUGCAGCUGGGACACGACAACGAGCUGCACGUCCACAGCACCCCGUCCGAGGGCUCCAACCACAUCCCCUCAGGCAGCCCUCCAGUCUCUGCCACCACCGAGGGCCUGGGAGCUUCAUUUGAAGCGCAAAUGCCCAGCCCAGGACCUCACGCCCCCGAGGGGGAGGCGGCCCAGAGAGUCCACAUCAGGUCCUGCUUCCUCGAGGCCGCUGCCAUCGGCAACAGCAACAGAAUGACCGUCAGCCUAGUGGCGGGGGCCAGAGAUGGGGAGCCGGAGGAGGACGCAGGUGAGCCGGAGGAGGACGCAGAGCCUGCUCCCGAAGCCUCACCCUCCGGGAGUGCUUUCCGUGGAGACGCGGGGCAGGCCGGCCCUGGCGUCGUCUCGACGAUCACCCCACGGCUGGAAGCUGUGACCCUCGGAAACAGAGACCCUGAACCCGCAGAACGCAGUUGCCGGGUGGCGGAACCCCGGGCUGGGGGAGCCAGGGAGGGGACGGGGCUUACGGCAGACGGCCUGGGGCCGGACUCGCUCAGGAAGAGGCCAGGCCCCGGCGAAGGCAGGGCACCCUGGCCCGGUGCGCUCUGAUUCCGGGCGGCUCUGGGGCCUGCUUGCUUCCCGACCUCAGCCAGCAGGAGUGGCUUUCAGGGCCGGGCCUGCGUGGGCUGGGCUCAGGCCCGGACUCCUGGUGACCGGGCACGGACCUACAGGGGCCGCCUUGGGGGACACUUGGUGUGCGGAGAGGAGGUGGCCAGGCAGCAGUGGCCUCUCUCUCCUGCCCGGGCCCGGGUCCCUGCCCUGAGCUGCCUUCCACUGUGGCUCCCGCUGUGGUUUGAAUGUUGGCGUCCCUACAGAACUCACGUUGCAACUGAUCCGCAGUGCAGGGACGUUAAGAGGGGAGGAGAUCUGGGAGGCGAUGACGUCGGGAGGGCUCUGCUCUCAAGAAUGCGGUGGGCGCGCUUACCAAAGGGCUGGGGGCCGGGGAGCCCCUUGCCCCGCCGCCCUGAGGACGCAGCAGCAAGGCGCCUUCUUUGAAGCUGGGGCCUGCUAGCGCCAAACAUUCACGCUGCUGGCACCUGAUCUUGGCCUUCGCAGCCUCCAAACUGUGAGCGGACGGUCCUGCGGUUUGUGAGUUACCAGGCGGGAGGCAUCUCGCCACGGCAGCCUCAGCCGAGGACUCUGCCCGCUCUCCUCCGCGCUCCACGCCCGACUUCCCCAAGGCCCCUCAGGGCCUCCCCACCUCUUUACCACCUGGCCUUUCUAGAGUCUUCUCUCCACAGUCUUGUUCUCUCUCGGGAUUUCUUAGCCCCGCUUCCAGAGAGCGAAUUCCUCCCCCACCUCCAGGCCCUGCUGGAAGUCACGGGCGGGCCCACGGGUCAGGUGACCUCCCCUGGCCAAUCAGCAGGGAGCACUUGCUCCAGCCCGGCAGCGAUGCCUGUCCUGAGGCCCCCAGGAGGGGUGCGGGCUCCUCGAUAUUUCCAGAAGUAGGGGUGGGGGUGAGGGCCUGGGGCGCCUCGGGGAGGGUGAGGGGAGGAAGAUGCAGAAGGAUGGAGGAAGGUGGUGAUCGCCAGGCAGGGCGGUCAUGGAACAAGGACGGCCUCCUCCCUGCACACGUGCACACACACGUGCACACACGGACAGACAUGCAUACACAUGCACACACACGCACGUGUGCACACA